AUGCAACCCUUUAAUAAAUAUUAUCCACCUGAUUGGACUCCAGAUAAAGGUUCUGUUAAUAAAUUUGUUGGAAAACAUCCGCUCGGUGAUCGUGCACGUAAACUUGAUCAGGGAGUUUUAAUUGUCAGAUUCGAAUUACCUUUCAACAUCUGGUGUGAAGGCUGUGGUAACCAUGUUGGCAAAGGUGUUCGAUAUAAUGCAGAGAAGAAGAAAAUCGGAAAAUAUUUUAGUACACCAAUCUUCAGUUUUCGGAUGAAAUGUCAUUUGUGUGACAAUUGGAUUGAAAUUCACACAGAUCCGAAGAAUGCUGAAUAUUCGGUUAUUUCUGGAGCUCGUCAAAAAGUCGAAACUUGGGAGCCAGAAGAUUCUGAAGUCAUUAAAUUAAAAGAUGACGAAGAAGCUAAGAAAUUGGUUGAUAAUGCAUUAUAUAAGCUCGAACAUUCUGUUAAAGAUGAAAUGAGAUCUAAAGAAGCUCUUCCUAUUUUAACACAGCUUCAAAGGUUAAAUGAUAAACAAUGGGCGGAUCCUUAUACGCAUUCACAGCGAAUGCGUAAAAAAUUUAGAGAGGAGAAAAAAGAACUAGAAGCUAAAAGACUUGCAGAUGAAGAAAUACGCGAUAGAAAUGCAUUAUCAAUCCCUCUGUUACCAGAAUCUCAAGAAGAUAUAGUCAAGGCACAAACAACUGAAUUUUCAGAUCAAUUACUUGAACUAGCUCAAAAACGGAAAUUAGAAAUAACGGCAUCAUCCAUAUUUAAUAAACCGUCGUCAAAAUUUAAAAAAUCAAAAUUUCAUAUUCAUGAUCCUAAGGAUAAGGUUGCCCAAUUGUCGGUAAUGGUGGCAGUUAAUACCAAGCUCAAAACGGAUCCUUUUUUAAAGGAUAAUGAUUGGAAUCUCGGAAAUCAUAUUGAUGGAAACGAAAAAAGUGGUGAAAAUCAUAAGGAUUUGAUUAUUAAAAAGAGAAAGGAAGAUAAAAAGCAAAGUAACGAUCAGCUGACAGAAGUAUUAAAUUCUGAAAACAUUACUCUUGAUCCUUUAUUAAAUAGUAAGAAUAGUAAAGGUAAUAAUAAUACGGCAUGCAUAUCUUUAGUCAAGAGGAAAAAUUUCGAGUCACAAGUUGUAACACCUGGGCAACUCAUAACCAGUGAUGCACAAUCUAUGAGAGGUCAUGGUACCUAUAACACAGAAUCAGGAAAAUGUGCAGCAUCAGUGGCUGGUGUGGUUGAACGCGUCAACAAAUUAAUCUCUGUAAGGUCAUUACACGCGAGAUACAAUGGUGAAGUUGGCGAUUUAGUAAUUGGCAGAAUUACAGAGGUUUCACAUAGAAGAUGGAAAGUUGAUAUAAAUUCAAGGCAAGAUGCGGUAUUGUUAUUGUCAGCUAUUAAUCUUCCUGGUGGUAUACAAAGACGUAAAACUGAUGCUGAUGAACUUCAAAUGAGAAAAUUUUUCUCCGAAGGAGAUCUACUAGUGGCUGAAGUACAAGGACACUUUCAAGAUGUUCCGCAAGCGCUUGUGCAACGAUGUAAAACUCAUUUUCAUACUUUACCGUACGGAGUUGAUUUGGCAUUAGGUUUGAAUGGUUAUAUUUGGGUAAGCAAACAGACAACAAAAUCAUCUAAAGAUCAAGAUUCCGACGCUAUUUACUCAAAUGAUAAUGAGGAAAUUGAUCAAGAAAGGCGUGAGGCAAUCGCGCGAGUUUGCAAUAGCAUCAAUGCAUUGAGUCGUCAUUUCCUUCAUAUAAAUGAUACGACGAUAAAGUUGGCAUAUGAAGCUUCUUUACACUUUCCGGUUAAGGAUCUAUUAAAAUUAGAUGUGAUGGAAGCCAUAACGAGUGAAGUGAAAGCUGGUAUAAGAUAG